AUGAUCGGCGGGAUGACGCGAAACGUCAAAACACCCGCAAUACAGGAGGUGCGGGCGUUGGAGUCGACGCUGCGGUUCCUGGUGUCGAACAACUUCGCGGGGUCGGUGAUCGGGAAGGCGGGGCAGGUGAUAUCGGAGUUCCAGGUGCAGUCGGGCGCCAAGAUCGUCAUGUCGCGCGCGCACGAGUUCUUCCCCGCCACGGCGGACCGCAUCGUGCUCAUCAGCGGCACCGUCAGCGCCAUCCUCACGGCGCUGCACCUCAUCCUCUCCAAGCUCGCCGACGAUCCGCGGCGCGUGGAGACGGCGCGAGAGGGCGAGCUGGACCUGCUGCGCAUCGUGGUGCCGCACCGCGUGUGCGGCGCCAUCAUCGGCAAAGCCGGCGCCACCAUUCGGUCGUUCGUGGAGGACUCGCAGGCGACCAUCAAGCUGUCGUCGCAGGACACUGCAGGGCCGGGCUUUGCAGAGAGGCUCAUCACCAUAGGGGGCACGCUGGAGCAGAAGCUGCGCGCGGUGGCGCUGCUGCUCACCAAGAUGUCUGAAGACCCCACCUACGUGCAGUACGCUGACGUGCCGCUGUCUUACACUGCGGCGGGCGGGUCAUCGCAGCCGCCUCCACCUCCGCCCGCGCCAGCGGGAGGGGGCAGGCACGAGGGCAGGAGCAGCGGGUUUUCGGAAGGAGGACGGGGCAGGGAGGGCGGGUUCGGGGGCGGAGGGGGGUACAACGAUGGGUACGGGGCGAGGGGGGGCGGCGGGUUCAGUGGCGGCUAUGGUGGUGGUGGUCCUGGGUACGGGGGCGGAGGCGGAGGCGGGGGCAGGGGUGGGGGCGGGGGCUAUGGGGGAGGGGACAGAUAUGGGGGGGGAGGGGGCGGAGGCGGAGGAUUUGGAGCGCCGUAUGCUGCGCCCAGGGGCCUUCCUCCAUACCUCUCAGACCCUCGUGGCAAGGGCCCGCCUCCUCUACCGCCGGGUGGCGGGGUGCCGACGACCAUCAUAGUGGCCGUGCCCGAUGACCACGUGGGCGCUGUCGUGGGCAAGGGCGGCAAGUCGCUGCAUGAGAUCCAGCAGUCGGCGGGGGUGCGCAUGCUCAUAUCCGACCGCAACGAUUAUGUUGAAGGCACCAGGAACAGGAAGGUGACGAUAACGGGUCCAUCGGAGGGAGUGGUGGCAGCGCAGCAUCUGAUAGCGCAGAAGGUGCAGCAGAGCAUCGCCUCUGCCUCGGGCGACCGCCUGCUCUCCGCCCCCGACCGCCUGCCCAGCACCGUCGACCGCCUCCCCCCCGCCCCCCCCAGGGGCUUUGACGGCGGUGCGAGGGGCUUUGACAGCGGUCCAAGGGGGUUUGACAGUGGUGGUGGGCGCGGGGGCGGUGGGGACAGGCUGGUGAGCACGUACGGCAGCGAGCGGGAUGAGCGCGGGCGCGACAGGGGUUUUGACCGUGAUCGUGAGAGGGAGAGGGAGCGUGAGAGGGAGAGGGAGCGGGAGCGGUACUCGGAGUGGGACCGCAAGGAGCGGGACGACUCGAGGCGCGGGUAUGAGCGGGAUAGAGGGCGGGAUGAGCGCGAUGCGUACAGGCGGUGA